CAAUUCGCCAUUAACACUUCAAUCUUCUUUAUUACCCUCUUCUCAAUCAAUCUCUUCUCAAUUCUCAAUCAAUCUCUUCUCCUAAAGCAAGACUUCAAAUCACAUGUCUCAAUUAUCCAAUACAAGUUUUCCAGAGGAUGCAGUUCCUCAAGCUCCAGAAGAUCCCCUCUUCGGAUUAAUGGCUGCUUAUCGUGCUGAUACUUUUGAUAAAAAGGUUGAUUUGGGUAUUGGAGCUUAUAGAGAUAAUAAUGCUAAACCUUGGGUUUUACCCGUUGUCAAGAAGGCGGAUGAAAUUCUUCGAAAUGACCCCGCUCUCAAUCACGAAUACCUUCCUAUCGCUGGUCUCAACACUUUUACCUCCGCAGCCGCCAAACUUAUGCUUGGUGCAGAUUCACCAGCUCUCGCAGACAAACGUUCUUGUUCAGUUCAAACCAUAUCAGGCACAGGUGCUGUUCAUCUUGGUGCACUUUUCAUCAAGAAAUUUUACCCAGGUUCUCCCACGGUUUAUUUCAGUAAUCCAACAUGGGCAAAUCAUAAUCAAAUCUUUUCCAAUGUUCAUCUACCAGUCGCUACAUAUCCAUACUUUUCAAAAUCUACAAAAGGUCUCGAUUUCGAUGGAAUGAAGAAUACAAUUCAAAAUGCUCCGGAUAAGAGUAUCAUUCUCCUACACGCUUGUGCACAUAAUCCUACUGGUGUGGAUCCAACUCAAGAUCAAUGGAAAGAACUGGCCGCUCUCUUGAAACAAAAACAACAUUUCCCUUUCUUCGAUUGCGCAUAUCAAGGGUUUGCUUCAGGAGACUUGGCAAAAGAUGCUUGGGCCGUUCGUUAUUUUAUUGAACAAGGGUUUGAACUUUGCAUCGCUCAAUCAUUUGCCAAGAAUCUUGGUUUAUAUAGUGAACGUACUGGAUGUUUUCAUUUCGUUACAGGAGCAGGAUCAGAUGCGGAGAAGAAUAUUGCCAGAAUCUCAAGUCAAUUGGCUAUUUUACAAAGAUCCGAAAUCUCAAAUCCUCCAGCUUAUGGUGCUAGAAUUGCAAGCACCAUCUUGAAUGAUGAAGCAUUAUUCAAAGAAUGGGAAGCAAAUUUGAGGGAAAUGUCUGGAAGAAUUAUUACUAUGCGUAAAGAACUUCGUUCGAAACUCGAAGAAAUGGGUACACCAGGGAAAUGGAAUCAUAUCACGGAACAAAUUGGAAUGUUUUCAUUCACAGGUUUAUCUGAGAAACAAGUCAUGGAAUUGAGAAAUGAAGCUCAUGUUUAUAUGACCAAGAAUGGUAGAAUUAGUAUGGCGGGGUUGAAUACUAAUAAUAUUGAUUAUUUUGCGAGGGCAGUUGAUAAGGUUGUAAGGAAGACACAACAAGAGAGUGCACAUCUUUAGGGUGUUGGGAUUGAGUAGGAUUGUGAGUGGAGAUGUGAGUGGGAAUUGAUGGGGGAAGAUAUGAGAGAUGUGGUUGUGAACCGAGGAAAUGAAUUAUUGGACUGAUUAGUUGGUGCACUGGGACGGAAGGAAGGAAUGAUGGAUGGGCGAAAGAAAAUGGGAUUUUGUCGGACAAGGAUUGAAUUGGGUUUGAAUUGAUUGGGAUUGAGGUUAAGGGAAGAUGCAUGCAAUUAGAUUUUCGGACGAUUCAAAUAUGAGGUUUAUGAGAGGCGUAAGCUUUCUGAUCUUGGAAGAAUAUUAUAGGAGAGAGUCAUAUGAAGGAAGAAAGAGAAAGAGAGAAGAAUAGAUCUCAACUCGAUUCUUGGUAUUGAGCUGUGUUUAUUUUAUUUCCCUUGCUUCACUGUGUGAUGUACUGUGAUAAUUUCCAUGCUGUACUAUAUCAUGUCAUUCGAUUUAU